AUGGAGAGCGAGACUCAGUCAGACGCUAGCUUUGACGACAUCUCCAGGUAUCAAGCUAUCCUCUUUGAAUCUAUCGGCGCAGAACAAGCUGGGAAUGUCCCCUUACCUGAGAUAAUAUCCACAACAGACGUUCGUCAAGAGGCCAAUGCCAGGUCAGAGGACAUCUUUCAAUGUUAUGACACACUGCACAAGAUCUUACAACGUCACGAGGCUACCAUCCAGAGGAGAUGGCUGAAGAAGAACCGUCGCCAGAGGGUGGAAGUUCUCAAUAAUGCUUGGCCCAGCAUGGCUGGCGUUCAUCGUCCUGAUUUCGCUGCCCUACGAAGAGAGUCCGAGGCCCAGGUGGCUCAGGGAACGAAGCUUCUUGACUCUUUUAUGUGGCCGUACAUCAACCAGGAAGACCUUUCCACCAACAAUGCGCUACCACUGCUGCUGAACGCUCGAGGUCUCCAUUCGCCCUCCCAUUUUGCGGCUGCCGACCUGCAAGCCAUGCAACUGGGAAUCAAGUCGAAUGCCAUCGUACCGAUCUUUCUGGAUAAGCACAUCAUCAUACUGAACGGCUUCGUCGAAAAUGAUCGCAAGUACGGUGAACUCAUAUGUUGGUCGGGAAACCCAACGGCCUCGAUGUGGAUGGAAAAGAAGAAGCAAUUCCUGGCAGGGGAUGGUCUGCUCAUACUAAAAGCACAGGCGCGACUUCUAUCUUUCCUCGUCAAAUGUUGCCGCCAGAUUCUCCACGACCACCCCGAAGCAUCCUUGACCAGCGACUCCGUCCCCAUCCUUCCAGAUCCACAGUUCAAUCCAAAUAUCGAGACAACCGGGUUUGAGUCUCUCAGGACGAUGGCAGCAGAGGCCCCAUAUCGUGUACCUGCGCAGUUGGAUCUUGAUGGUAUCGCGUCAUUACUUGCGGCACGCACCUCCGCGGCAGAAGAUCACCUCUGGGCCUUGCGUGAGGACCCCGGUUACUUCACGACAACGAUCCUCGAUUACAAAGAGCAUCGGCUAGAGAUUAUCAAAGACCUCAACGGUCGAGAUCAUCCCGUUCUCGGCCGUCAUCGACAUAAUAUCUUUUGGGCGCGUAUCCUCGGGACGGUGGUGAUUGAAUCGUAUCUUUGCGUUGAGUUAUUCGCUGAACUCAGUCACCAAGCUCGAGCACUAGUCUCAUUGCAGAAGAGGUAUGCUGGAGAUAUCUGUCCGUCUAGAGACCUGCCUGAGAAGUUGUUGGAGGCUUUGCUGCGCUUUCACCAUUAUCUCACCCAGGCGGUAAAGGGACCGCUCGGCGUUCUCAGGGUGUCAGCUGUUGCAUCCCCUCCCUUGAGAAGGCAUUUUGUGCGCAAGCCCCCAGCUGAUCGUGACUCCCCGAAAGUGCUCGUUGUAGCCAAGCUCGGAAAGAAGGGAGCCGUCGAGACAGAACUUAUGUGGCUGCUCCAUAUGCUCUGGGAGAAGGGAGACGCGAGCUUUUUUGAUGAAAUGCCAUUGUUUGUGGACGAGCUCGAGCGGAUGAUCGAAUCUGAACGCGGCGCGCAGGAACUGAUCACCUCUUAUCUCAGUAAGGUGAUCGGUGACAUCUCAAUCAUCUCUCAAUGUCUGAAUCAGUUGGCCCUCUACCAGCCAUGGGCUCGGACCUGGGAAAGUGACCUUGAGGAGCGCCAGGAGAAACUAAAGCAGGAGUACGAGGAGCGCACCGAGCCAUGGGUUCAGAUGCACCUCGCGCUGAAAGACCUUUUCCCCCAAACCAUCGAUGCCAAUGAGGCUAUAAGACUUGGCGACCCGACAGGCAAUAAAAUCGUCUACCCGAUCGGAAAGCGCCGUAACAAGAAAAAUGUGGAAGACCUGCGACAAUCCGAAAGAAGGUUGGAUGCAUUCUGGGUGGAAAUCGACAAGGCGAUGGCGGCCAAAGUGAGUCGCUUCCGUGGUACAGCAGUUCAGGCCCUCCUUGACUCUGAAUGGCGCAUACUUCAGCGUACCGGCGAGUGGGAGGAGCCAGAGAACCAGCAUCAGCAAUCGCAAUCUACCCUUCACACUCACUAUGAGCCCAUCCCCUCUGUCUACUCGAACACCCACCCGGGAGGCUCCUCAGAAGACAUCUCCCAGCCACAAAAAAUCAAGGUCAAAACCCGCGGAACCCCCCGGCCCCUCUCCACACAAGCCCUUGAUGUCGAAGCGCUGCAGCAAGAGGAUGACCGUUCGGAUGUCCAGCCCACCUUCUCUGUUGACGCACGCGCCUACAAUGUCUUUCAGACUCUGUUCUUCGAUCCGGCGGUGACAACAACCCCUGGUGAAGUCCCCUGGAGCCACUUCCUCCACGCCAUGUCGGCCGCCGGUUUCACAGCCAUGAAACUUUACGGCUCCGUGUGGCAGUUUCAGCCCACUAACUUGAACGUCGAACGGAGCAUUCAGUUUCACGAGCCACAUCCCCGAGGCAAGUUGCCUUUCACUACGGCUAGACGGUAUGGUCGGCGCCUGAACCGGGCCUAUGGUUGGGAAGGGAAGAUGUUCGUUCCUAUCAAUAAAUGA